UCUAACCUAGAAAUUAUUGGACUAAAAAACUACAAUGAAAACACACAUGGUAGUCGACUAAUAAGUAUAUGUACAUAUAUACAUAUAAAACAAAAUGGAGAGUAAACCUGUAGAAGACAUUAAACCAUCAAAAAGUGGCUCCGUUUUAUAUCCUAGCGAGUCUAAAUUUGCUCACAUAAAGAAUAAACAAGUUAGGACACAACAGUUCCAAAAAGUUAAGAGAGAAUUAAAAAAGGCAAAAAAAGAAGCAAAGAAAACUAGAGAAAGAGAAGGAUUACCUAAACAAGCACCCCAUACUAUUGAAAGUCUUCGUGAAAAGGAUGAAACCAUAAUAACAGAUUUGAACUUGGAAGAAAAUGAAUUGGUUCGUGAAGAUAUAGAACAUGAUGAAUUGAGCACUUAUUAUAAACAAUCAUAUGAACCAAAAGUUUUAAUUACUUAUUCGGAUAAUCCAAUGAAAAAAACUAGAAUAUUUGGAAGAGAGUUAACCAGAAUAAUACCAAACUCAAAAUCUCUGUAUAGAAAUAGAUCAGGUGUGAAAAAAAUUGUGAAAAGUGCUAUUAAAAAAGAGUUUACAGACGUUUUGGUUAUUAACGAGAACAGGAAGGAACCAAACGGAUUGCUUGUUAUACAUUUGCCAAAUGGGCCAACAGCUCACUUUAAAGUUAGUAAUGUUCGGAUAACAACUGAGUUGAGGAAAAGCCACAAAGCAAUAACUGCUCAUCGACCUGAAGUCAUUUUGAAUAACUUCGCAACAAGGCUUGGGUUGACUGUAGGGAGAAUGUUGGGAGCUCUGUUUCAUUAUGAUCCGGAAUUUGUGGGUCAAAGAGCCGUCACAUUUCACAAUCAGAGGGACUUUAUAUUUUUCCGACAUUAUAGGUAUGGUUUUGAUUCCGAAGGGAAAAAGGCCAGGUUGAAGGAGUUGGGUCCUAGAUUUACUUUAAAAUUAAGAUCGUUACAGAAGGGUACAUUUGAUAGUAAAUAUGGACAGUAUGAAUGGAUAAUGGAAGGAAGACGUCAUGCCAUGGAAACUAGUAGAAGAAAGUUUUUCUUAUAAAAUUUAUACAUUCUGUAAUAUAUUCUGUCUAAUAAAUGUUAUUAAUACAGA